AUGAACACUGUGCCAAGGGAUUACGAACGUUCGCCUUUGCGUACACCGAACUAUUCCGUACUUUCACCACGUUUCGUCCACAUUCCUGGGAAUAACAUGCUGUUAAUAACGGGAGCAACUCUGGUUUCGACGCUGAUAUUCAAUACUACUGAGUUCAAUACAAUGUUUGCUCUCUGUCGGAACUGGAUAUUCACCUAUAUGUCUUACAAAAUCAUUCGUUUAAUGUAUGAAUCUUUCAAGCAAAAGCUCUCGAACGCUCCUCGGUCGCUCAGUCUCAAAGGAUUUUCAAAGACAUCCACUCGAAUGAUACUCUGCAUCUUGCUCUUUACUAAAGGAACGUAUGCAACAGCGCCAGAAGAACUGGCUUCUACCAAUGACUAUUAUGACAGCAUUUCUCUGAUGUAUUUAACGAUCAUAACGGUAUUUCUUGAGAUCUUUUACCGACACAAGAAUCCUCAGGUCGCUUCUGUUGACGACUUUCUCUUUUACGUUUCAGCUAGCGUGUUUACGCUGAUUCAUCUGAGUCUGUACACAUGUUGGAAUUGGUCCAAAUUUGUAUUUCUCCCAUUUUUAUCAGUUUACAUACUUGCGUUCUUUAGUAUAAAGUGUCAGAAAAAGUUUUGGAAUGAUACUAUUGAGAAUAAGAAGAAGAGUUCUACGCUAAUUACGGGAUUUUUGGCUCUUGGAUAUCUUGUUCUUUUCUUUCCAAAUAUAAUGCUGAUCGAGCUUUAUAAUAAACAGACGGGUCCAGCUAUUGGUCUAAAAGCAACGGUAGGACUCUGCAUCUUUCAGCUGGUCGCCUGCAUAUGGCUUUGCUCAUGGUCGGUCUAUCGUAAACGAUUCAAAAAAAGAGACAAGAAUAAUGAUGUUUCAGACAGGGAGAAGUCUGUCGCGAAGUUGCUUGCAGUGCUCUCAAGAAUGAUACAUGGCUACAUAUUUUACUCUGGCAUUUUCAUAGUUUCGUUUAACUAUACUGACACAAAUGCGUUAUUUGCUAAGAUGUUGGUGGCUACGAUGAGUCUUGCUAUAAUCCGACCUUUCUCUUACGUAUACCAGUCAUUUGGAGAUGAUAUAAUAGAUUUCCCCGUUCGCGCGCUAGUAUAUCAUGAAAUGGAGGACGACAUUAAGCUCUUACGCGAGCAUAAGCAAGAGCAUGAUACUAUAGAUGAUAUAAUGGAUGUACUAAACAUAUUAUUGACGGAAUUAAAAUCUGGUAAAACAAACGGUAAAAGGGAUGUUAGUCAGGAACUUCGCAAACUCUUCAAUGAACUACAGAAAGACGUGGUCUAG